UAGAGAAGUCUACACGUAAUUUGAAAAAAAGCUGAAGGACUUUCAGUUUUGGGAAGGCCAUAAAUUCUUGUGUCUAGCCCUACAAUUUUGAAUAAUCCAUCACUCCUUUGUUUACCAACUCGUGUUCAUCUUUAAGAAAAUGGCAAGUUUAACAAGAUUUUCCCAAAUCCUCUGCCUUUCCUUCAUGUUGUUACCGUUUCAAGUCCAAAGCUCCUCACCGUCUCAAUCUUCUCCAGAUUCAUCACCACAUGUGUGCCGUCCUGAAGAGCAUUCUGCAUUGCUUGAUUUCAAAAGCACUACGGAUAUGAUGGAUGACUUUUUUUGUACUCCUCGUCGUAUAAUACAAACUUGGAACAAGAGUACAGACUGCUGCUCGUGGGAAGGCGUCACAUGCGACAAGCGGAAUGGUCAUGUGAUUGGCCUUGAUCUUAGCAGUAAUUGUCUUUAUGCCGAUCUAACCACAAAUAGUAGUCUCUUUCGCCUUGAGAAAUUGCAGAGCCUCAACCUUGCUUACAACGAUUUUAGCUACCCCAAUCUCUCUUUUGGGUUCGACCGUUGGAAGAGUUUGACAUAUCUUAAUCUUUCAGAUUCAAGAUUCAUCUCUCUCCUGUUUGAUGAGAUCUUCUUGCCACCAAAAUUGGUUUCACUCGAUCUUUCUAAUAAUGAUGGUUUGCUUCUUGACGACAUAAAGUUUCAAAUGCUUGUGCAUAUCUUAGCAGAAUUAAGGUUUCUUAUCCUUGAUUCUGUGAAUAUGGUUGUCGUUCUGCCUUCUUCCUUGCUAAACUUGACUUCUUCCUUGGAGCAUUUGAGCCUUCACAAUUGUAAUUUGCAAGGAAACUUUCCAAACCAAGUUUUUCAGCUACCGAAAUUGGUUUCACUUGAUCUCUCUGAUAAUUAUGGUUUGCUUCUUGACAACAUAAAGUUUCAAAUGCUUGUGCAUAACUUAACAGAAUUAAGGUUUCUUAGCCUUGAUUCUGUGAAUAUGUCUCUGGUUGUGCCUUCUUCCUUGCUAAACUUGACUUCCUCCUUAGAAUAUUUGAACCUUCACGAUUGUAAUUUGCAAGGAAACUUUCCAAACCAAGUUUUUCAGCUUCCAUCUCUCCAACUUCUUGAUUUAAGCUACAACUUUGAUUUAGGAGGUAAUUUGCCAGAGUCAAACCAGAGUAGUACCCUUGAGUAUUUGAAUCUUGCAAACACAAGUUUCUCAGGGGAGUUGCCUCAUUCAAUUGGAAAUCUUAAACUCCUAAAGGAAUUGGAUCUCCAUUACUGCCAAUUUUAUGGGUCAAUUCCUAGAUCUCUUGCAAAUCUUACAAAGAUAACUCAACUAGAUUUUUUGGCCAACCAUUUGCAAGGGCAAAUACCAGAUGUUUUUGGAAAAAUACACAAGCUAACUUAUUUGAGGUUAGAUGCAAACAAUUUAGGUGGUGAAAUUCCUGCAUCAAUCUUCAACCUCACCCAUCUUACUUUUUUGUCACUAUCAUCAAAUAAGCUAUUAGGUUGUGUACCAUCUUGGUUGUUUUCUCUGCCUUCUUUAUCCUAUUUAGACCUCCAAAACAACUGCCUUACUGGACCUAUUGAUCAUAUUGCGAUUCCCAAUCUCAAUUUACAAAUAGUUUGUUUGUCCAAUAAUGAGAUAAGUGGUUCAAUUCCUAGCUCCUUCUUUGAUCUUGUGCAUCUUACUAUAGUCGACCUUUCUUCAAAUAACUUAACUGGCACCAUUACACCCGACAUGCUUUCGAAGCUUGUAGACCUUGAGGAUCUUGAUCUUUCCAACAAUAGUUUGCUGUCUUUGAGCAAUAAUGGCACUGCUGUCAACUAUUCCUUUCUUCCGAGCCUCCGGUCUUUAAAAUUCUCUUCUUGCAACAUACACAAGUUCCCAAGUUUCUUAAGGAAGGCAAAGAAAUUGCAAGAAUUGGAUAUUUCCAAGAACAAGAUUUCUGGUCAAAUUCAUAAAUGGGAAAUAGAAGGGAUGUCAUUGGAUAGAUUAGACCUUUCUUAUAACUUCUUGACUGGUAUAGAUUCAUUUGGUUUUGGAAAUCUUGAAAUCGUUGACCUCAGAUCCAACUUACUACAAGGAUCACUUCCCAUUCUAUCAACAACUUGGGAUUCUAUGCAACGACUCUUCAUUUCAAGGAAUAAUUUGACUGGUGAAAUCCCUUCUUCUUAUUGUAAUUUUACUUCUCUUAUAGAUCUAGUCUUAGCUAAUAAUAGGUUGGGAGGAAAAAUUCCAGAAUGUCUUGGAAACUUAAGUUACCUCAACAUCUUGGAUUUGCGGAUGAAUAAGUUCCAUGGUAGGAUUCCAAAUUUACUUGUCAACAACAGUUUAUUGUCAACUCUCAACCUAAAUGGCAACCAGUUGGAAGGGAUACUGCCACGGUCUUUGGUUGAUUGCAGUAAGUUGGAAAUUCUAGAUGUGGGGAACAACAAAUUGAAUGAUACCUUUCCACAUUGGUUAGGUGUUCUUCCAUUGCUCAAAGUUCUCAUCCUUCGAUCUAAUCGAUUUCAUGGUGCCAUCAACAAUUCUAUGCCUUCAUUUUACUUCCUUCAGUUAAGAAUCAUUGAUGUCGCACAGAAUGAUUUUAUGGGUCUCCUACCGAGUAAUUAUUUCAAAAUUUUGAAAGGUAUGAGAGAAGUAGUUCCAGCUAAUAAAGUCAAAUUGGAAUACUUUGGUUCUGCUUAUUAUAUGGAUUCUGUGAAGGUAGUAAUGAAAGGGUUUGAGGUGGAGCUUGUAAGGAUCUUGAAAAUUUUCACAACUAUAGAUUUCUCGUGCAAUCAAUUUCAUGGACUGAUUCCUGACGAGCUAGGAGAACUCAAUUCACUUUUAUUGCUAAACUUAUCUCACAAUAGUCUCGAUGGUCAAAUCCCGUCAUCAUUGGGGAAAUUAGCAGAACUUGAGUCCUUAGAUCUCUCAUCAAACAAGCUUGAAGGCAAGAUUCCAGAGCAAUUGACGAAGCUGACAUUCCUAUCAGUUUUGAAUCUUUCACACAAUGAACUUGUGGGCCACAUACCUGAAGGGAAGCAGUUCAAUACUUUCUCAAAUGAUUCCUAUAUUGGGAACUCUAGGUUGUGUGGAUUCCCAUUGACAAAGAAAUGUGAAGAACCAAGACCACCUUCAUCACAAUUUGAUGAAGAAGAUGACUCUACAACAGUCUUUGAGUGGAAGUUUGCAUUGGCAGGCUAUGGGUGCGGACUAGUGUUGGGACUUAGUCUGGGAUACAUUGCUUUCACUACAGGAAAACCAUGGUGGGUAGUGAAGAAGGUGGAGAAAUAUCAACAGAAAUUAGUUGAAAGGUGCAACCGAACUCAUAAGCAGAGAAAAACCCAAAAAGCCAACCAACGCUCUUAAGUGGUGCAAGCAGGUGCAGUUGAUUUCCUACUUCUGGGAGAUCUGGCAACAGUUGCUUCUUGAGUCUGUUUCGAUCUUUUUCAUGUUCAUUGUUGAUAUAUAGUUGUGUUGACUUGUGUGUGAAUUAUGGUUAUGUAUGAAUUUGUGUUGAUUUCUGUUGGAUUUCAUUUAUCUACUCCACAAGCAGUUGCUCAUGUAUUUUUCCUAGUGUAAUUAGUUUCUUCUGAUGUAAUCUCUUCGUAUUUUCUUCUCUCUUCCUUUGUUUUGGUUGUCCUUGAACUGUGCAUUUUAUUGAAGUAAAAUGUAAAAAUUCUUUAAUUUUUGGACCCCCAAAUGUUUCCUUUCACCAUAUUUCUCCGAUUGGUGUGGAAGCAAAGACGCAUAUGACAAAUCUUGAAUGACAGCUAAGCGAUUUCAGGGAGGAUUAUUACUUAAGAGGGCUGGGUGAGGGACGAUCCCAACCUCCUUUGCUCUCCAAAGGCCCAACCAUUUACCAUUGCCAACUCAAGUCUUAUUCUUUGACUGGUGAUCUGAUACUUAGGUACUUAUUUUGCAGUCAAGGGAAGGCAAUUCAUUUAUGAAGAAUGUAAACUGUUCCAUUAAGAAAAUUGUGUAACAACCUGAAUUUAUUGUAAGUUCUAUUUAACAAUCUGUUUUAUUAAAGUCAAGCACUUGAAUUUGUUUAGCAACCUCAAUUUACUAUAAGUUUUAUUUGCGCCAUUUCUAAUUUUUUUGCUAGCUGCGUUGUAUUAUGUCCUAGAUCGAGUUUCUUGCUUUUUCUUUCUCAUUUUGCUCUGUGCACUCAUCAAAACUUUAUAUUACUUUGGGCCUGGAUUAACUAAUAAAGAUUUUUUAUUGUU